CAUUGUAUAUAAAUGGAAAGAGUCUUUGUAAUUUCCUCAAUCAAUGACAAAGCAUCUACAAGUUGGGCCAAUAUUUUGCUCAAACGUCAUUGCUUUCACAGAUGGGCCACAACAAGACCCAUAAAUAGUCCAAAACACCUUCAAAGUCACCACUUUUUUUGUCUUUGCUUCAAUUCCCACCAUUUAUUUCACUGCUUUUAAUUCUGGAUAGGAAAAGAGGACUUCAAAAUCCUGCGGCUGUCCUCCCAUGAUACUCGGCCGCAACCUCCUCACCUGGAACCCACCACCGCCGCAUCUGAAACUGUCCCGCCUCACCGCCGCCACGUCCCGCGUUGCCCUAUCUGCUGAGCCGGAGACCGAACGAGUCAAACUCGCCGAGUCACUCCAGUCCGAGACUCUCAAAAUCCUCGAAUGGCCGUCCGUGUGCACCCAGCUCUCCGCCUUCUCUUCCACCUCCAUGGGCCUCGCGGCGGCGCGUUCAGCACGCAUCCCGUUGGGCCGAAGUCCGGGCGAGACACGCCGUUUCCUGGACCAGACAACCGCAGCCGUGGCGGUCUCUCGGCAGUUGGACUUCUCGGGAAUCGAAGACGUCUCUCCGAUUGUGGAUGCGGCCGUUUCCGGUGAGAUGCUAUCGAUCAGAGAACUUUGUUCUGUGAGUAAAACGCUGAGGUCGGCUAGAUCAUUGGUCGAGCAGUUGGAGGAGAUAUCAUCGGAGGGUCAUUCAUACGAGAGGUACUCCCCACUGCUCGAAAUUCUUCAGAAGUGUGAUUUCCUGACAAAGUUGGAGCAAAAGAUAGAAUUCUGUGUAGACUGUAAGUACUCUUUAGUCCUGACCCGAGCUAGUGAAGAAUUGGAAUUAAUUAGGUCUGCGAAGAAAACUAAUAUGGAAAAUCUCGAGUCCAUGCUGAAGAAUAUAUCGAGUGAGAUUUUCCGUGCUGGUGGGAUUGACAGACCUCUGGUUACCAAACGGAGAUCAAGAAUGUGUGUGGCAAUCAGGACUACACAUAGAUAUUUGCUUCCUAGUGGAAUAAUAUUGGGCUCCAGCGGCUCUGGAGCAACUUAUUAUAUGGAACCACGUGAGGCGGUUGAUUUGAAUAAUAAUGAAGUGAGGCUAUCGAAUGCUGAAAAGAUGGAGGAGUUAACCAUACUAAGCCUGCUUAGUGCUGAGAUUGCGGAAUUUAGCGAGCAAAUCAAGUAUCUAUUAGAUAGAAUAGUGGAAGUGGAUCUUGCUUUUGCAAGAGCUGGUCAUGCUCGAUGGAUGAAUGGAGUCUGUCCAUAUUUCAGUUCCGAAAAUGAAAAUUGUGAGUAUAAUUCGUUUUUGGUGCAUAUAAACGGUAUGCAGCAUCCUUUGCUUCUCGAGUCUUCACUUAAAAAAACUGCCCUUCUUUCCACUUCAAGGAGUGCAUGUCAUUCGGAUCAAGAACCUGGUAGCACUAAUUCUGAAAUAGUCCCAGUUGCCUUGGGUUUUCCCGUGCCCGUUGACUUCAGAAUUGGAAAUGGCGUAAAGGUGAUUGUGAUUUCAGGACCCAAUACAGGAGGUAAAACAGCAUCAAUGAAAACUCUAGGGCUGGCUUCUAUAAUGUUCAAAGCUGGAAUGUACCUUCCUGCACAAAGCAAUCCAAAACUUCCAUGGUUCGAUCUCGUUCUUGCAGAUAUUGGCGACCAGCAGUCUCUAGAGCAGAGCCUCUCAACAUUUAGCGGGCACAUAUCACGAAUUAACAAAAUCCUGAAAGUGGCUUCUGAAAGAUCUCUUGUCCUCCUUGAUGAGAUUGGAAGCGGGACUGAUCCUGCAGAAGGCGUGGCUCUCUCAGCCAGCAUAUUGCAAUAUAUCAAAGAGAGAGUAAAUCUGGCUGUUGUGACAACCCAUUAUGCAGAUUUAACCCGAUUAAAAGAAAAAGAUGCACGGUUUGAGAACGCGGCUAUGGAGUUCUCCAUGGAGAGCCUACAGCCAACGUAUCGGAUUCUGUGGGGAAGCAUGGGCGGAUCAAAUGCAUUGAGUAUUGCGAAAACAAUCGGCUUUGAUGAAAAUAUAAUCGAGCGGGCGAAAUCUUGGGUGAAAAAGCUCGCGCCAGAAAAGAUGCAGAAACUCAAUAGUUCGCUGUAUCAGUCUCUUGUGAAAGAGAGAAAUAAACUGGUGGCUCAGGCAGAAAGAGCUACAUCUCUUCAUUCAGACGUACUGAAGCUUUAUAAUGAGUUUUUCAAUGUCCCUCAUGUUAAACGUUAUUUGAAGAUCUGUGACGAGGCAGAUGAUCUUGAUGCACGCAAAGCAGCUCUGAAAGCUAAAGAAACCCAACAAGUUCAACAGCAACUCAAGGCUGUGAAGGCUGAGAUCGAUACUAUAGUGCAAGAAUUCGAGAAACAACUGAGAAAUACAAACCCCGAUGACUAUGGCAAACUUUUGAAGGAAUCAGAAUCUGUCAUAGCAUCUGUUGUUAAAGCUCGUCAGCUUUCUGAAAAUCUUCCCGUCAAUAGACGAAUUAGUUCCUACAUUCCACGAGUUGGGGAGCAAGUCCUUGUAAAAGGUUUAGGAAAUAAGGUGGCCACUGUAGUUGAAGCGCCGUCUGACGAUAAGAUGGUCCUUGUCCAAUAUGGUAAAAUCAGAGCCCGCGUGAAUGCAAGUGGUAUAAGUCCUCUCGAUGGUGAUAAUCGUGUCUCAUCUUCAGCCUCGCACUCAAAAAGACAGGGUCAACAACGGGUCAAAGGAUUCAAGAAUCUUUCGGAAACUAUAAAUGAUAACGAGGUUUCUUAUGGUGCUGUGGUCCAAACGUCUAAAAACACGGUGGAUUUAAGGGGAAUGCGAGUUGAGGAAGCUGCUGUAAAACUCGACAUGGCCAUAAGUUCGCGAGGCUCCAAAUCUGUUGUCUUCAUUAUACACGGUAUAGGAACUGGCGUCUUGAGGGAGUAUGUACUCGAACGACUUAGAAAACAUCCGCGCAUUGCAAACUUUGAGCAGGAAAGCCUGACAAACUAUGGAUGUACGAUUGCCUACAUCAAGUGAAUGCAACUUGAAUAGAACUAACAAAAGAGGAGAGACUUUUUAAUUGAAUUUUGAAGAACGGAAUGUAUUUAAUAUUUAUCUCUGUUUUAUCAUGUAUAUGAUUGUCAACAUUGUGUUCUAGUAAUUAAGGUUAGAUCUCUGUUUCCUGUUAAACAUAAAUUGUAAUCCUUCAUCAGGUUAUUACGUGAUCCACAAUUCCCCAGGUAGUAGUAGGAGGCAAUGCUCAUGAGCAUAUGCAGGACGGCUGGACGGGACAUGUGACAAAUUUAUGCAUAUUUCUCAUAGUACA